AUAACCCCAGGCUUCAAAUAUGUAAUCUGACUGUGGCCAUCAGAAACCAGAAAUGAGUUUCUUUCUAAUCAGCUUUCCAUCAGUUCUCAGUCACUCAUAUAAAGGAGUCUGGGGAGGGGAGGAUUCUCAUUGCUCUUCAGCACCAGGGUUCUGGACAGCACUCCCGAGCAGCCUGCAAAAGCUCUUGUCCCUUCCUCCCUGCAUCUCCACCAGAGCUUCUAUUGCUCCUGUAGGCUCCCCCUGCUGCUGAGAAAAAAAAAUUACAUCGGGAUUCAUGCAGCCGGCAAUGAUGAUGUUUUCCAGUAAAUACUGGGCAAGAAGAGGGUUUUCCUUGGAUUCAGCGGUGCCUGAAGAGCAUCAGCUCCUUGGCAGCUUAACACUGAAUAAAGCUAACUCUAGCAAGAAUGACGACAAGAAAGGCAACAAGGGAAGCAGCAAAAGCAAUACUGCUGCCGAGAGUGGCAAGACAGCUGUCAUUUUCUCCUUGAAAAACGAAGUGGGUGGAUUGGUGAAAGCACUGAGGCUCUUUCAGGAAAAACAUGUCAACAUGGUCCACAUUGAAUCCAGGAGAUCCCGGCGAAGAAGUUCUGAGGUUGAAAUCUUCGUGGACUGUGAGUGUGGCAAAACAGAAUUUGAUGAGCUCAUACAGUUGCUGAAAUUUCAAACCACCAUUGUAACGCUGAAUCCACCAGAGAACAUUUGGACAGAGGAAGAAGAGCUAGAGGAUGUACUGUGGUUCCCCCGGAAGAUCUCUGAGUUAGACAGAUGCUCUCACAGAGUUCUUAUGUAUGGUACCGAGCUUGAUGCUGACCACCCAGGAUUUAAGGACAAUGUCUAUCGACAGAGAAGGAAGUAUUUCGUGGAUGUGGCCAUGAGUUAUAAAUAUGGUCAACCCAUUCCCAGGGUGGAAUAUACAGAAGAAGAAACUAAAACUUGGGGUAUUGUAUUCCGGGAGCUCUCCAAACUCUAUCCCACUCAUGCUUGCCGGGAGUAUUUGAAAAACUUCCCUUUGCUGACUAAAUACUGUGGCUACAGGGAGGACAAUGUGCCCCAGCUUGAAGAUGUCUCUGUGUUUCUGAAAGAGAGGUCUGGCUUCACGGUGAGGCCGGUGGCUGGCUACCUGAGCCCGCGAGACUUUCUGGCAGGACUGGCCUACAGGGUGUUCCACUGUACUCAGUACGUCCGACAUGGCUCAGACCCGCUCUACACCCCUGAACCAGACACAUGCCAUGAACUCUUGGGACAUGUCCCACUACUUGCGGAUCCUAAGUUUGCUCAAUUUUCACAAGAGAUAGGUCUGGCAUCUUUGGGAGCAUCAGACGAAGAUGUUCAGAAACUAGCCACGUGCUAUUUCUUCACAAUUGAGUUUGGCCUUUGCAAGCAAGAAGGGCAACUGCGGGCAUAUGGAGCAGGACUGCUUUCCUCCAUUGGAGAAUUACAGCAUGCUCUUUCUGACAAGGCCUGUGUGAAAGCCUUUGACCCAAAGACAACGUGCUUACAGGAAUGUCUUAUCACCACUUUCCAGGAGGCCUACUUUGUUUCAGAAAGUUUUGAAGAAGCCAAAGAAAAGAUGAGGGACUUUGCAAAGUCAAUUACCCGUCCCUUCUCAGUAUACUUCAAUCCCUACACACAGAGUAUUGAAAUUCUGAAAGACACCAGAAGUAUUGAAAAUGUGGUGCAGGACCUCCGCAGUGAUUUGAACACAGUGUGUGAUGCCUUAAACAAAAUGAACCAAUAUCUGGGGAUUUGAUGCCUGGAACCAAUGCUGUCGCCAGCAUGAUCUUUUGGGGUUGCAGCAGCAAUUCAGUCAAUGUCAUAUAACACCAAUAACUUGCUGUGUCUUGGCUUGGCUAGUAAGCAUGCAAUUCUGUAUAUCUAUACCUACUUGUAGCUUACUGUGUUAAUGUAUGAAACACUGUAAGGAACCCAAUAGCAGAUAACCCUCAUUGUUUGAAAGAUUGUAAUAUGUUUAAAUGUCUUAAGUAGCUCUGACAUUCCUGCUUAGCAUCCCUAACCAAACUGCGUCUUUAAAAUUUGUAACAAGGCGCCCUCUUAUGAUUCUAGCUUAUGACCUUUUCUUCCUUGAAUCUGAGCUAUUCUCUGUUCAUUAGAUAAAAUGAAAAUAGCAGUGAAGCAUUUCUAUUUUCAGUUGUAUCUGUUUUUGCAGCAUUAUUCGAGAUAAAUCCAGAGUUGUAGGAAACUUCCUAUUACAGUAACAAAAGAUUCAUUAUUCUAUUUCAAAAAUUGUUGAGGUAACACAGUAGUUGAAAUGAUUUGAGAAUGAGUAUUUAUACAAUGUAAGAAAAGAAAACAUUUUACAAACAGGAUAUAUAGGUUGCAUUGACCUUGUAGAAACAGUUGUGGCAAGCUUCCUGAAGUAUUUUGAAGAGGAUACUUCCAGAAAGAAUAUAAGGAUAGAGUAAACACUGGGGAAUAAAUCUUGGUACUAUGUAUUUCAUGCUGGAAUAAAGUGAAUUAUCAUCUCAAA